CAUAGCAUAUAAAAACUGCAAAAAUGCUUGUGACAUACCCCAUUCACUAGAAGGGUAGAAGUAUGGCACAUAUGAGAAGACAAAUUUUCGUGUAUCUUCUCUUUGCAUGGCUUCUGCUUGCAGCUUCUGCACUCAAUCACGUCACUGCUAGUGUUCAGGCUAUGCAGUCAGUUCAUUUCAAGCUCAGAACCUUAGAGGCUAACCCAAAGCAGCAAAAUGGACAUGUCAUACCUUCUUGGGUUGAAGAAAAGAAGAAUCGUAAAAGCCCAUCAGGGCCUAAUCCAAUAGGGAAUCAACACCCACCAUCUAAACCAUAGAGGUGGAAACACUCAUUCGGCAUCAGCUUUCAUUAGAGAAAUCAAUAGCUGUUGGAUAUCAGUGGAUUGGUGUAGACUCUCAAUUCCGCUUUUAGGAGCAUUGUGUUUGUACAAAAUGGUAUUUAAUUGAAUAUUCGUACUUUACAUGCAUUGACGUCGUCUAAAGUCAAGCAAUUCUCGAUUUAUUAACUAAUCAGCUUGUUAGUUUUUUUUCUUCAAA